AUGGGCGACCACGAAGACCGCAACACCAAAACCAAUGUCCAAGGGGGCUCCAGCGCCAUCCCAACACCCGCCAACAACGUCAGCACCGGCUCCAAAGCAGGAACCCAACACCCUAACCAAUCUGGCAACUCCAACUCAGAAGUAGGAAGCAGCGACAGCAGCUACCAGGGACCCGGACACACCGCAAUCCCCAACCCCGCCGCUUCAAUUGGCCGAUUCUUAGCGCUUUCAGACCAAAAGGGGGCCUCGGCAGCGCAUACGAAGCAGCGAAUUGCUGAGUCCAGUGGGCUUGUGGAUGAGAAUCUGAAAAAGAGUGGAGUGGAAGAGACGUGUGAGACGGAGGAUCAUAGUUUUAUGCAGAGGAAACCCGGAGGGCCAGAUAUGGUAGGGCAUUCCGUGAUUCAAGGGAUUGUUGAUCGGUUUACAAAGUGA